UUUUAUUUUUCUUAGUGAUGCGGGGAAAGUUUUCACUUGGCAAGAGAAUGUUCAGACUGAUCUGUCUACCGAGUGAAAAACAUCAUCGGAACACUUAAGAAAUUGCCGGACUCUUCACUCCAUGUGGACUGCACUGAUACAGUGCCAGACUUUAUGGCUGGACCAAUAUUGUUAAUUCACUUUGCUGUAUGGAAUGGUGCCGGAUGUAUAGGUUGAGGGCAGUGAUUUGCGUCGUGCUGCUAUGGUGCGAAUUGGCCGGUGGAGUGCCGGACAAUAGGCAGGACAAUUUUAAUUUAUUAGCUGAAAGAGAUAGAAAAUUGCAAGAAUUACUUAAAUCAUUAGGGUCUUAUUCUUCUGAUAAUCAUCAAAUCAUGCCAUCAGAAAAGAACUAUUCAUUUCCAAGCAUUGCACUCACAGAAUCAUCAUCACCCAAACCUCCAGACAUCAGAGGAAGAGCAGGAAUGACUGAUGAUAGGAAAUUAUUUGAAUCAGCAUUGGGUCCCAUAAAUAAUCGACAAGACUACUACCGAAAGGUAUAUGGUACUCAAGAAGGGGUGAAUUUAUUAAGAAAGAAAUACGGCCCUAAUGGUCUGAAAGCAGCAAGAGCUAAAUUUCCUGCUGUAAAUAAAGGAAUGGACGAUGUGAAAAGAGCUAAUGAUCAUUACCUGAGGAUGAGAAAUCGUGCUCGAUGUAGGAAUCCAGCACCACAAAUAUUGAAGGUGAAAGCUUAUUAUCCCGAUCCUUCCAAAGAUUAUCUCCCGAGAUGUGCGAUAUUACACAGAUGUGGUGAUGAGACUGGUUGUUGUGAAAGUGAUGCAUUUCAUUGUGUUCCAAAAACCAUACAAGAAGUCAGUCUGCACUUUUACACGUUUUCAGUGGGCAGAAAUGGUGGCGAUAGUAAAGUUGAAAAGCUGUUAUUCCAGAACCACACAUCUUGCCAUUGUCAGCCUAUUAAUGACAUGCCACGAAGAUUACAGGAAGAUGAAAACACCCCGCUGGACGGGGAUAGAGAUUCAUCUAAAUCGAAAUGUCGUGAUUGCCCAGUACCCUUCAACACUCGAAUAUACAAAGACGGAAGAUGUGGAUGUGAUUGUUUUGAUCGUCAAAAACCUUGUCUGCGGAUAAAAAGAGGAAGAGACGGAUUGUCAGAAAUAGAGAGACGGUGUGUAGAAGCGAAUCAUUGCCAUAUUCCUGAAUGUGAAUAUGGGGCAUAUGAUCCCAUAUCUGGAUAUUGUCCAAGGAGACACGACGAAGCACCAAGACAUCGUCGCCCUACUGCCAGCCAUAGAUGGUCAUUCCAGGAAAGGGACUAAAAUCUUUACUGAAAUAUUGAUAUAUAUACCUACUAUAAAGACCAGUUUUGACGAUUUGUGUCAAUUAUUGUUGCGAAAUUAGAAUAAAAAUAUUAUCGUUA